AUGGCAAACACCAAUCCCGUCCCACUGCUCAUCAACGGCCAAGACAUACACCACGAGUCAACUUUCGAUGUCGUUUCGCCAGGGACAGGCGAAGUCUGUUGGAAAGCCGUCUCCGCGAAUGCCGACCACGCCACAAAAGCAGUGCAUUCCGCCCAGGCCGCCUUUCCAUCCUGGUCGCAAACAAAACCAAGCACCAGAUCCGCCAUCCUUCUCAAAGCAGCUGACAUCCUCGAGAAAAGCAUAGAAAAGUAUGCAGACUGUAUGAUGGCCGAGAUGGGUGCCGACAGAGGCGCGGCCCAGUUCUUCGUCACUCCCCUUGCGAUUGCCAUGUGCCGGGACAUUGCCAGCCGCAUCUCGAGUGUCUGCGGUAGCGUUCCUGUGGUGGCUAAGGAGGGCCAAAGCGCAAUGGUUUGGAAAGAACCGUAUGGAGUCGUGCUAGGCGUUGUAGCCUGGAACGCGCCAUACGUCUUUGGCAUCCGCGCCGCCGCAACUGCCAUCGCGACCGGAAACACCACCGUCAUCAAGUCGUCCGAGAUCACACCGCGCUGCUACUAUGAGCUGGGUAAAGCCUUUAAGGAAGCCGGGCUGCCUGAUGGCGUGUUCAAUGUCGUUGCAUGUAAACCAGAGGACGCGCCAGUGGUAGUGAACACCAUGAUCGGGCACCCUGCCGUCAGAAAAGUCAACUUCACGGGCAGUGCAGCAACCGGGAGGAAGAUCGCGAGGACGUGUGCAGACCAUCUCAAGCCGAUCCUCAUGGAGCUUGGUGGGAAGAAUACAGCUAUCGUGCUAGAAGACGCGGAUCUAGAGAAAGCGGCGGACGAGUGCUUAGCAGGUGGUUUCUUAAACGCCGGCCAAAUCUGCAUGGGCACCGACCGCAUCACAGUCCACACCUCUAUUGCCCCCGCCUUCACCCAAGUCCUACAGCAGCGUCUCGAAGCCCUCUCCAAAUCCUCCCCUUCGCCCCCCAUCGUCUCCUCCGCCGCCUCCAGAAAGCGUCUCGACAACCUCGUCGCUUCCGCGCUCUCCUCCGGCGCCCGCGUCAUCGCUGGCCCACAAGCCCAAUCCUCUCACCCGUCCCCUGCGACCUUCCUCCCUACCAUCCUCGCCGAUGUCCCACCCACCGCCUCGCUCUACCACGAAGAAGCAUUCGGCCCACUCGUUACCCUGUCUAGCUUCGCUACCGACGCGGAUGCUAUUGCGUUUGCGAACUCUACAGAGUACGGGCUCCACGGGGCUAUUUUCUCCCGGGAUUUGCGGCGCGCGCUAUCUAUCGCGAAGAAGCUCGAGGUCGGGGCCGUGCAUAUCAACAGCAUGACGGUGCACGACGAGCCUGCGCUGCCGAUGGGGGGCGUGAAGGGGAGUGGGUGGGGGCGGUUUAAUGCAGGGGAGGGGAUGGAGGAGUUUUUGGUUAGGAAGGUGGUUACAUGGGAUGAUUAG